AUGUCCCAGCAACCGGGUAGGGCCGAUAGACCGGAUCAGGCGAACCGGAAAGGGAGAGGAGGCGGGACGAGCGGUCCGCGCCAGCAGGGGGUACCGCAAGGAGGGAAGGGGCCCAGCCCCGUAGUUAGCGGUCAGAGCUCUGCUGCCGGCUCAUCUGCCGGCUCAGCUGCCGGUCCGGCAGCCGGACGCGGUCAACCGCAAGGAGUGGGACGAGGGUUCCGCCGGACGCCGAAUGGCCCCGCUGAAGGCGCACCUAGCGCCGGCGGUGCCGGCAGAGGCGGCAUCGGUCGGGGAAGCGGGCAGGGAAUGUCAGGCGCAGCGGGAAUAGGCGGAGGUGCCGGAGGGUAUCGUGGAGCAACAGGUGCGCCUGCCCUCGCCGCCGCUUCCGCCACACAGCAGCUGCGGCAGCAGCAGCAGCCGGCGGUGCAGUUGUCAUCUGGCCCGGGGAUUCCAGGGUUUGAGUCUGCGCCUCCCCCUGCGGAUUCCGCCUUCCCCGGUCUCUCCCGUUCCACGUCCGCGGGCGGAGCAGUAGUUCGGCCUGGGGCUCCGGGCGUAGCUGCGCCGGGCGCAGGCGCGCCUGCGCCAGUAGCAGGGUCCGGGGGAGCGCCUGGCGCAGGACCCGCGGGUGUGCCUGCGCCGAGAAUAUCGUUUGCCGCUGCAGCAGCCGCUGGGGGGAUGUCGUACGCGCAAAGAGCGGCGCAGGCGCUGAAUCGCGCCGCUGCACCGCCCGCCCAGGCGCAACAGGCGCAGGCACAGGCGCAGCAAGCGCGGGUGGGCGGAAGCGGGGCGCAGCAAGCGACAGGUCAAGCGGGAGAAACCGCGUCACAGGGGAAGGCGGACGCCGCCAAGCCGACACAGGGCACGGAAACAGCAGCACAGGCGGGUAGUGCAUCUCAAGCCGGGCAAUCCGUCCCGCCUGUUUCCCAGACCUCCACCGCAGGCUCGGCAGCAGCAUCGGGGGGGUCUCUCACAGGGUUCUUGUCAGCUGCGCGCGCGGGGCUAGGGGAGGGCGCUAAAACAGGCGCAGGCGCAGGAGCAGGGGCAGCUGGUGGCGCGGGGAUGGACGGGGGUCAGGGGGCAGCAGGCGGGGCGAAGGGUGGUGCAAAGGGUGGGGCGAAGCCACCGGUGAAGGCUCCUGGUGCUGCUGCGGCUGUAGCGGGGCCUCCUGCUCUUCCCCCUGGCGUAUCGCCUGUAGCUCUGCAGUUUGGCACGUUCAACCCUAACUUCAUGGGCGCCAGCGGCCCCGUCAUUGUAUGCCCCCCCCCCUCUCCCCUUGCUCUCCCCUUGCUCUCUUGCUCUUCCCUUCUCCCUUGCUCUCUCCUGCGGUCUCUGUUUAACUUCAUGGGCGCCAGCGGCCCCGUCAUUGUUCCCCCUCGCACAACGUCUGCUCCGCCCAAUCUGGACGAGCAACAGAAGGAGCAGGCCCGCCACGAGGCCCUGCUUCGCCAGCAGCAAGCAGCCAAGUCCGGAGAAGCAGGGGCUGCACCAACAGGCCCCAAAGCCCCUAUCGGAGGAAGCAUCCCAGAAGAAUCUCAACAGCAGCAGCAGCAGCAGCAGCAGAUGCAACAGCAGCAGCCACCGCAUAUGCUGCAGCACCAGGCGCAGCAACACAUCAUGGUGGCGUACCAGCAGCACGGCCCGUCAGGCAUGACCAUUCAGUACGGCACUGUCCCAGCAGGAUCCCAAUAUCCAGGCAUGCAAAACCCUAAGCCCUCUGCGCUGCUACAGCCUAGGGCAAGCCGGGCACUUAAAAUUAUGGAUCCGACCACUCAGAAGGAGGUGAAGGUGGAAAAAGUGCCCGCUACUAAAGCCAAGCCCGGGGCAGGAGCAGCAGGAGCAGGAGCAGGGGCGAGGGGAGGGACGGGCGCAGGGGCAGGGGAGGGCGCAGGUGCGGGGGCAGGGGGAGCAGCAGGGGGGGCAGCAGGGGGACCGGCAGGGGGGGCAGCAGGGAGAGGCAGCACAAGCGCUACAACCUCCCCUGCUCCUCACGGGCUUACCUCAACCCCUGCAGGCCUGACCUUCGAAAUCCCAGCCCAGCCACCCACCCCAGGUUCCGCCCCCACCACUCCUCACGGCGGCCUAGUCUCCCCCGCUGCUGGGGCGGCAGCAGCAGGGGUGGCCGGCCGGGGGAUGCCUAUUGGGGUGGCGGCAGCAGCAGCAGGCGCGCGCCCCCCCAUGGGGUUCCCGCAACCCGGGCACAUGUUUCCAUCCAUGUACUAUCCGGGCAUGCCUGGUGUGGGGGGAGUGCCAGGGGUGCCUGGGGUGCCCGGGUUGGCGGGUGUUCCCCCCGGUGCCUUCCCCCAAGCGCGCUUCUUCCCCCCACAGCAGCCCGGGCCUAUGCCAGCAGGCGGGGGAAUGGUCGGGGGGCCGGGAGGGGGGAUGGGCGGGCCAGGGGCAGGCGGGCAGGGUAGGUUUACCCCCCCGUAUCCGCAGCAGGCGGGGCAUGGCGGGGGGGUGAGGCCGCAUAUGGGACACGUUUUGCCACACCAGCAGAUGCCAGGGGGCGGGCCGGCUGGUAUGGUGCACUAUGCUACUGGUGCCAUUCCUGGCGCCGUACCUGGUGGUCCAGGUUCGGGAGCGGGGGGUGCGGGCGCUGGCGGGGCUGGUUCGGGGGCAGGAGAGGAGAUGCCCAUGCCUGGGAUGGAUGGUAUGGGGAAUAUGCCUGUGUCGUCGCCGGUCGGUCAGGGGCCAGGUAUGGCGAUCCCGAACCUGCCGAUGAUGGCUCCUGUAGGCUCGGGAGGGCCGGGUGUGGGGGGUUAUAUGAUGGGCGCGGGGACAGGGUUUGUGAUUCCAGCGCAUGGGCGGGGAGUUGGGGGAGGAGGGGGAAUGGGGGGAAUGGGCGGAGGAGGAAGGGCAGGGGGAAUGCACGGGAGGGGGGCAGGUGGAGCAGGCGGGGCAGGGGGGACAGGGCCUGGGGCGGGUAGGGGAAGCGGGGUAAGUGCACAGGUCAUGUCCUCCAAUCGGAUCAUAGUGUCUACGACAGGAGCAGUUGCCAACUUGCCAUCGCCAGGUUCGGGAACGAGAGACAGGCCCGGGGCAGGUCCGGAUGGGCUGAAGAGGUCCGGGAGCGGUAAGACGGCGGGGCCAGUGGUUCGGAGCCCCUCUGGUGAUGCUUCGGGGCAGCAGGGGAAGGAGGAGAAGGGAGGGAAGGAAGGGGAGGAGGGUGUGGGAGAGGCUGUGGUGGAAAAGAAAGAGGAGGGUGAGAAGGGCGAGGAGAAGCGGGAGAAGGGGAGUGAUGCGGCUGUGGCAAAUGGAGAACAGAAUGUAGCAGGGAAGGGUGAAGAGGUUCAGGCGAAGAGCAAAGAGGAGGUGGCAGCAAAGGUCACAGGCGAGCCAGUUUCAGCAGAGGGGGGUGUGGGGAAAGAGACCGCAGGGAAGGAGGGUGAAGGGAAGGUGGUAGAAGGGAGGGAUGGGAAGGACGGUGGUGAUGCAAAGGCGAAGGUUUCAAGCGAGGAGGAAGAGAAAAAGGCACGUGGGGAGGUGACUGGUGUUGUGGCACCUGCUGCUGCUCCUGCUGCUGCUCCUGCUGCUGCUCCUGCUGCUGCUCCUGCUGCAGCGGUUGCUCCUGUGGUGGCGAAACCAGUGGAGGAGAGUAAGGAAGGAGAGGGGUUAAGUGGGGAGGCGGGCGCCGCAAAGGAGAAAGGAGAGGAGAAGAAGGGUGGGAAGAAGAAAGACAAGAAGGAGAAGAAGAAGAAAGGUGAGGAGAAGAGGGAAGGGAAGGAGAAGGGAGAGGAGAAAGAUGCAGGCAAGAAAGAGGGGGGGGAAGCAGUACAGGAGCCUGAAGGGGAGAAGGCUAAAGGAGAGGAGAAGGAGGGCAAAGAGGGAGAAGGGAAGAAGGCAGAGGAGAAGGCGCAGGAGCAACCAGGGCUGGCUGCGGGAGAGGCUGGUGUGGAAGGAAAGACCGGCGAGGGUGCUAAGGUAGCAGAGCAGGAGGAGGAGAAGAAGGAAGAGGAAGUGGAUGAUUGGGAGGAAGCAGUGGAUACAGAUGCUGCUGGGAAGGGCCGCCCAGCACCAGCAGCAGCAGCAGCAGCAGCAGCAGCAGCAGCAGCAGGUGCAGGCGCAGCAGCAGCAGGCGCAGCGACAGGCGCAGCAGCAGCGGCGACGGCGGCACAGAAAGGAGCAAAGGGCGCAGAGGCUGCUGCGACCAACGCGGAUGGCUCUUACAAGUAUUCUCGAGACUUCCUCCUCACACUGCGAGACUCCCACCGCGACCUCCCAGGCGACAUGGACUUCCGUUCCUUCCUGCGGGAGUGUAACGCUGUGCUGAAACCGCCCGCCUCCCAAAGGGUUCAGGCCAUGGCGGCCCAAGGGUUUAAUCGCCCUAUGGACGCCUUUUCAGGUGCGCCUGGGGGAGGCGCUACCCGGCCAGGUAUGGACGAGGACCGGUGGGCCAGAGGGCCAGGUAUGGGCCCGAGAGGUCCGGGCGGAGGUAUGGACGGAGGGGUCCUGGGCGCGCCUGGAGGUCCGGGGUUCAGAGGACCGGGAGGCGGGCCGCCUAUGGGUAUAGGAGGCCCGGGGAUGCGGGGAGGAAUGGGGGGACCAGGGGGGCCGUUGCUGGGGAGGGGGGAUAGGGGGGUGCUGCCCCAUGGUGCGCCUGGGAUGGGGGGACCGGGGGGGAUGCCGAUGGGUGGUCCGAGGGGAGGGGUGGAUGCAGACAGAUGGCAGAGAAACCCGAUGCAGAAUCGACCUGCCCCUGCGGGUCCCCCGCUGCCUGCGAUUCACAAGACAGAGAAUCGGUACAAGGCAGGGUUGGUCUCGGAUGAGGAGGAGAAGAAGCAGAGGCAGAUCAAGGGGAUUCUGAACAAGCUCACGCCACAGAAUUUUGAUAAGCUGUUCAAUCAGGUGAAGGAGGUGCAGAUUGACUCUCCCGAGACGCUCACUGGGGUGAUUGGGCAGAUUUUCGACAAGGCGCUUUUGGAGCCCACGUUUUGUGAGCUGUAUGCUAAGUUCUGCCAGGCGUUGUCGGUGGAACUGCCUCAAUUCGGGGAGGGGAAUGACCGGGUGACUUUCAAGCGCACGCUUUUAAAUAAGUGCCAGGAGGAGUUUGAGCGAGGGGAUCAGGAGCAGUUAGAUGCUGAGAAGGAGGAGGAGGAGGUGGAGGUUGAGGAGGAGGAGGAAGGGGAGGGGAAGAAAGGGGAAGGGGAGGGGAAAGAUGGGGAGGACGGGAAGGGGGAAGAGAAGAAGGAAGGGGAGGAAGGGAAGAAGGAAGGGGAGGAGGGUGAGAAGGAGGAAGGAGAGAAGGAAGGGAAGAAGGAAGGGGGUAAGGGAGCGAAGGUGAUGGUAAAGAAGAUGGUGAAGUUGACAGAGGCGGAGAGGCAGAGCAGGAGGCAGAAGGCUCGGAGGCUCAUGCUGGGGAAUAUCCGCUUUAUAGGAGAACUCUAUAAGAUGACCAUGCUCACGGAGCGAAUCAUGCACGGUUGCAUCCAGAAGCUACUUGGAAACACUGAGGUUCCCCCCACGCUGCCCCGUGUUUCCCCCUGCCUCGCACGUGCUCCACAUGUCUGCCCUGCUCGCCACGCCACCCUCCCCCUUGCUUCCCACGCCCCCACUCCUGCUGCUCCCCACGCCCCCCGUCCCGCUGCUCCCUCCCUGCUCCCAUGCACCCUCUCCCCUGUCCCACCUGCUCUCCCCUCUCCCCUGCAGGAUCCGGAUGAGGAGGACAUGGAAGCGCUCUGCAAGCUGCUCGCAUCACCCACCUGUCUCUUCCCUGCGCCCAUGCACCCCCUUCCCCACCUGCUCUCCCCUCUCCCCCUCCAGGACCCGGAUGAGGAGGACAUGGAGGCCCUGUGCAAGCUACUAGCCACCAUAGGGCAAAUCAUCGACCACGAGAAAGCCCAGAGCCACAUGGAAGCAUACAUGGCCCGCAUCGCCCAAUUCUCCACCUACCCGAAGCUCUCCUCCCGCAUUCGCUUCGGCCUUCAAGACAUUCUCGAGCUCCGGGCCAACAAGUGGCAGGCGAGGAGGAAGGUCGAGGGGCCGAAGAAGAUCGACCAGGUGCAUAGGGACGCGCGGGACGAACGGUCCAAUGCCGUCGCGACAGCUGGCAGGCAGAUAUUGGAGCGCGGGGGCGGCGGGAGCAGGGGCCCGGGCGGCGGCAUGGGGAGUGGGCGGCGGCCGGAGUAUGGGAUGGAGCCGCCCGGGCGGCCGGGUUUGGCUGGGUCUGGGUCGAUGAGGGGCGGCCCGGGGUUGAUUGGGGGGCAAGGGGGGCCGGGGGGAGGGAUGUAUGGGCGGGGGCCAGGGUAUGGGCACCCUGGGGGGAUGGGGGGAAGAGGGGGAGGCCCUGGCGGGUAUGAGGGGAGGGGGGGAAUGGAGGAUAUGGGUCGGCCCAUGCCCCUCCCCCAGAGGAACAUGGAGGAGGGGGAAUUGAAGCUGGGGCCGCAUGGGGGGCUGGGAAGACCUGUGGGCGGAGGGCCAGGGGGAGGCAUGGGCGGGGGGAUGAGGGGGGGACCUGGGGGACCCGGGGGACCUAUGGGGGGACCCAUGGGGGGGCUUAUGGGGGGCCCAGGGCGCGGGGGACCUGAAGGUCCCCCAGGCGCCAUUCCUCCUGAGAUGCGCAGAAGAGGCACGAGAAUUGAUGAGGAGCCGCAAACAGGUGGCGGUAGGGAGGGAGGGAGAGACGGAUGGAGGGAAGCGGGGAGAGGAGAUGGAGGGAGAGGGGAAGUGGGGAGAGGGGGAGGGCCGGGAGUGGGGCCAGGGGCAAGAGAGGGGGCAGGAGGAGCAGGAGGAGGAGGAGCAGGGGGAGGAGGAACAGGGGCUGCAGCAGGGACGGGAGCAGGAGCGGGAGCAGCAGGGGCGGCGGGAGGGGGAGCAGGAGGGGCGAAGGCAGGGGCAGGAAUGGAUGAAGAGAGUGCAGUGGCAAAGGCCAACAGUGCAUUGGAAGAAUUUCUCAGUGCCCGUGAUUUCAAGGAGGUCUGUCUGUGCAUUGAGGAGGUACAGGCGCCGCAGCAUCACGGGGCGGUAGUGGCGGGGUGGGUGGCGGCGGGACUCGAUAAGAAGGAGGCGCAGAGGCAGCAGGUGGAGGACCUGGUAGUGCGGCUGUGCUGCGAGCCCAAGCCGCCGCUCUUCACAAGUGACCAGAUCCAGCAAGGGCUGGUGAGGGUCUUCCAGGAGCUCGAGGAUUGGUCAGUCGACGCCCCCAAGGCCCCGCAGCACGUGGGCCGUCUGAUUGGCCGGCUCGUGGCAGCCGGCGCCGUCCCAUUGGCCGACGUGGCUCGGCUGGUGAAAGCAGGCGGCGCAGAGGAAGGGAGUCUGGUGGAGAUGGGUGAGGGGAUGAAGGUGAUGGCAGCGGUGGUGGGUGCAGUGAGGGCGGAGAAGGGGGAGAAGGAGGCGGGGGAGAUGGUGCGGGUGGUGGGAAUUGAGGGGCCGGAGGGGUUUAUGGAGGAGAGGGCGAGAGGGCAGAAGGAGAAGGUGGAGGAGGCGAGGAAGGCUCUAGGGCUGGCAGGGGCCGAGGAUCCGCUGGAAGCAGUGGCAGAGCACCUGAAAGAUGCUUUUGCCAAGGGGGAACCAGCAGAGGCUGUGCUUAAAUGGCUGCAGGCCAAUGCUCCGCCCGACACCCCAACGCAGCCGGCUUUCCUGCGCCUGCUCAUGCGCACGCUGCUGCAGCAGUGCAUCGGUGCCAGCAGAGAAGACUUCAAGAAGCUAUUGGCAGGGCCAGUAAAGAAGUAUGCCAAGGUCUUCCAGGAGUAUGCAGCAAAGAAGCAAAAACCCAACCAGGUUCAAUAUCUUUUUGGAGCUCAAGAGUUUGCAGAGUCAUGUGGGCACCCAGCGGGCCUGCUAGAUGCGGUCUUCAGAACACUCUACGACCUCGAUGUGGUGGAGGAGCUUAUGAUCUUCAGGUGGCAAGACGACAACAAGGACCCAACACCUGGCAAGCAAAAGGCAUACAUGGAUGUGCGCCAUUUUCUUACUUGGCUAAGUACAGCACAGGAGGAGGGCACAGAGGAAAAUGGAGGUAGUGGUGAUGAGAAGGCUUAA